AUGAUAAAAAUCCUGAUCAUGUCCUUGACCUUAUCUCUUCACUUAUUCCUUAUUGCCACAGCUACAGAUAUCAGGAUUAACUGGCUACAGAAUUACUACUACUCCAGUGAUCGAGUACUGACCCUCUGGGGCUCCCUGGUUGUGGAAGACAUUGAGAUACUGGCAGCCUAUAAUGAUUCACGGUUCAUUGUAUUCAAGCAGAGCUGGUCAAAGGGGAACCUGAGUAACACAGACUGGAUGUUCUUUAAUAUGUUUCUGGGCAGUUUUUUUUAUUAUUUCCAACUACAUAUAGAUGAUAUAAGUGAGGAACUUGAAAUUAAAGGUGCCUUCAUAACUCAAUGCGUGGCAAUCUGUCCCUCAUCCACCGACAACCCGGCAGGCUAUGCUUUUAAGAUAGCGUUGGAAGGAGAAGAUCUGGUGCAUUUAAAUGUCACAGAAGGGGUAUGGGUCGCUGGGGACUAUCCUUACUCUGAAGCUGUACAGAAACACCUGCAGAAAGACAAAGUUACACUGGUUUCCAUUGAAAACAUGCUGAAGAACCAGUGCCAUGCCAUGGCCACCAAAUAUUCAACUGCAGGGAAGGAAGCCCUCUCCAGAAAGAUCCAGCCACAGGUCUACAUAACCAAGAAAGUUGAUAAAGCUGAAACAGAGGUGAUCUGUAUGGUGACUGGAUUCUAUCCAAAGCCAAUCAAUGUAAGCUUAUGGAAGGAGAAAAAAAUAGAGGAUGUGAUGUCAACUGUGACUCUACCCAAUGGAGACGGAACUUACCAGAUAACAGUUUUGACAAUUACAAAUUUGAUAGAACAGGAAAGUAUCUACUGCCAGGUUGAACACAGCAGCUUGAAAGAGCCAAUAAUAGUACAUUUGGGUUGA